CACCUGGUGUGGUUUCCAUGGAGUUACCUGUAAAUAAAUUUGGAUCAUCGCAAGUGACCAGUGACCAGUGACCUUCAUACUGGACACAUGUGCUCUUUGGCUUCAGCCACUCAGACAUCCUCUAGCAUCAUCUCCUCAUUCUUUGUAUCCAGAGUUGAUGUUUCCUCUUCUCUGACCAUGUCUGAAAAUUUCCAAAAUCCAUCUUUACUUGGAACUUCAAACUCUCUGCAGCUCUCUCUCCCUGUGGUGAGCAAUGCUGCUUCCCUAACAGGAAGUGUCUGCAACUUCUCCAGAGUCUCUGCUCCGGCAGUCUCUUCGGCAUGGCUACUGCCAUCAGCUUCUGGCACUUCUUUCCAGCCACUCCUGGGUAGUGCCUACCUUUAUCAACAUUCCAGUACAACUAUGUUGUCUGGAGUUACUGGCCAGAGCCAGAUCUCCACUUCAGCUGCUUCCUAUCCAGGUUUUUUUGAGUGGGACAUCACAGGAAACACCGAAAAGAAGUCAUCUUCACUCGUUGACUUCACUAUGACUAUCCUUGACCAGGACACAGCUGUUUCUUCCAUGUCUAUGGCAGCCCAGUAUGAUAAAACUUCAGAGGCCAAUAGCAUGGUCCCUCUGUAUCCAUCACUUUCUGCCAGGCUUGUUCAGGUAACCCCAUCUCAGAUUCCAAAUCAAGGAUAUAGCCUAUCACUUCCCUACCAGGAAGGAAGCCAGGUAUAUUGCUAUAAUCAAGGCACACAGGGGCCUUUACUGUCUGGAGAACUUGGUCCCUGCUUGCAGUCCUAUGGCUCUGUGUCAUACAUGGGAAGUAGGGCCUCUUACCCCCAACCAGAAAUGGUUAUGGUACUAAAGGAGAUUCAGCCCACAAAUGUCCUACCACCAGCCUCCACCUCUGGAGUCUACUACUCUGUAUCUGCUCAACCCAUCACAGAAACAAGUUUUCAAGUUAUGGAGACUUCCCUGGGGAUGGAGACUUCCCUGGGAUUGCAACCUCCAAGUCAGACAUUUUGUCUGCCACAAACUCCAGAAUUCCCCAAGUCCUGCAGUAGCAGAAAUAUCCAGAUAUUUGAAAGCAACCCACCACCUGAGCUUGGAGACAUCUCAAUGAUAGCUCCUGUCCAGAGUUCCAAUAAUCUGCUGGCACUGCCUCCAGCUCGAAGCCAGGAACAAACUGAGAAUAAGAAUUUGGAAGAUAUUAAAACCAAGCUUUCAGAGCCUCUGGAUGCCUACCAGAUUUUAUUAGAAAAUCAAGAUCCUCCACUACUUCCUUUAGAAAUUCCUGAUAUUCACCAGCUCCUGGCCUGCAUUGAUCCCCUUGACCAAGAGGAGCCGCCUGGUUCUGAAAACAUUGAUUUGGGAAAAAAUGGCCUGAGUCUUGAGGACCAAGGGACCCUUGGCAAUGAUAUUGAAUCUAUUGGUGGUUUCGGAGACAUUACUACACUAGUGGAGGACAUUCAUCUUCCCCAGCUCUAUAAUUCCUUGGAAGACCUCAAUCAAUCUGAAGGUCCCAAGGUGAUCAAAGCCAAAGAUACCAGAGUCAUCAAUUUGAAUGAGGUGCAAGAAAAGCCAAGCAUCAUAGAGUUGUCCUCUGAUAAAGCCAGGAAGAAUAAACACAAAACUGCCGAGCCUACCAGUGAUGCUCCCAAGACCAAAAACCAGAAAAAGAACCCAGAAUGCCUGUUAGGGGAAGAAGUAGUUAUUUGCAAUGCCAUAGAUAGUGACAGGGCUCCUGUGAAUGCAGCCAAGCAUUCCAACAGCAAAUCUCAGAAAGCUGCAUCCAGCAGGGUCAGCAAAACUAAGGGCCAAGGUCAGGAAAAGACCCCCAAGAAAGCUGGAGAGAGUAAGCAGUCAGGGAACACAGUCAAGGCAGAAAAGAAGCCAACUAUUCCCAAGAACCCAACUCCUCCCAAGCGGAAGAGAAAUCAACCUGAUCUUAUCCAAGAGACCUUUAAGAAGCCUCGAAGCUGCCUAGGCAUGCACAUGUUGGAGUCUGUACAGGUUUUUCACGCGCUGGGGAAAAAGAGUGAUAAGAAAAUUGGACUCUCUUCCUCCCAGGUCCUGGGAAACUACAACAAUCCUAAAGAUGCCCAGCCAUCCCCAGUUAUCAAACCAUGGCUCAACACCCCACGUGAGGGUAAAGGUCCUGAGAAAAAUCAAGUCAAAGUCCAGAAACCCAACAGUGGUGCUGACACAGAGUGUACAUCUCCAUCCCAGUAUGAGCUGCCACCUCCUGGGAAGGUCAAGUUGGUCCCUUUGCCUUUUCCAACUGUGGAGAAGCCUCCAGCUCGACCUGUUUUUCGGAGGCCACAGGCUGUGGCCUCACGCUGGUCUGCUGUGGCUAACCCUGCCCGGCCAGCGUCCACUAGCUCAGCUCAAUCUAUUGGAGUCAAUCCAUCCCGGCCAACCCCUGCCUCCUUGACAGGUCCUGCAAGAGAAGCUGGGCCAAUUUCAACCAAUCCAAUCCGACCAGGUUUGACCAACCCUACCCAGCCUAGUGUCCCUCAGUCGGCUGUGUCUAGGCCUGCAUCCAAAACAUCAUCUUGCACUUCUCUCCAGCGGGAGCCCAUUCCUACUGGUGUGACCAAACUCCAGUCCCCACCGAAGACUCACACCCAGUUUCUGCUCCAAGACUUCCGCUUUCAACCAAUUCCAUGGAGGAAACCCAAUGUUCCUGAGCCAGUAAUGUCAAAUCCCAUCACAGAAGAGCAGAGGCCAGAGCGAGAGGCCAUGAAGAGGCAGGCUCAAAAAGAACGUGAGAAUGCAGCUAAAUACACCUCUUUGGGGAAAAUGCAGUUUUUCAUUGAGAGGGAAAAAGAAAUGGAAAUUUCUCUAUACUAUGGCUAUGCAAUAUAAGAGCUACUACGUUUGUUGGUACCACUCUGGGUACCAGCCAUUUACCCAUAUACAGAUAGAUAUAAAUUGCUCUAUUUAUUCAGAUAUAUUUAAAGCUUAAUAAAACAUAAUAAAUAUAAUUAAUAGAUGAAAAAUAAAGAAAU